AGUUAUGGUAAUCAUCAAAUUCUUUUCCCUCGCAGUAUGAAGAAAAAAUUUGAAGACAUGAGAAUGAAGUUCGGUUCUACAUUUUUUCAAGUUCGACGUAUUUUUAACAACAAGGAAAGCACUCUUAACAUUGAUGAAGUGAAGAGACUGAUUAUUGACUGGUUUCCUGAUCUUAAGUUUCAAAUUUCUUAUAAGAAAACGAUUGGUGAAGUAUUAAAUGUAUUGAAGAGAAAGUGCAAUAUCAUUGACUUACGUCCCCUUGAAAAUCUAGCUUUUGAAUUCAACAUAGAAGAAGCUGAAUUAAUAUUCAUGUCAUACAAAAAGGAAGCUAAGGAUUUCUGCAAGUCAGUAUCUGUUAGCCUUUGCCUUGAUGAAGAGCUACAAGCAGUUGCUACUCCAUCUCGUCUUUUAUGUGAAACCGUUGUACUUGUGUUCAACUGGGAUCCUGAUGAGUAUACACUGCAGGAUAUCAAUGAUGUUCUGUUUGAAUUAGAGCCACUGCAUAAGUGCCAUAUACAGAUUGAUAAAAUUGGUACUGGUCGAUCAAUUGUAGUAACCUGUUACUGUCCUGCCGAAUGGACUGGCUCACUGAUAAUGACUGUCCUUGGUAAGAUAGAUACAUUGCAAUGGAAAGGAUUAAAAGAAUUUACAGUAGGCAACUGUACUGUAUGGAAUAAUAAAACUACUCAGGUAGUGAAUGAGAACACAGAGGUGAAAGAUUUGUUAGUACAUAUUAAUGAUUUGAAAGCUUCUUUAAGAAACAGAGAUAAAAUGAUAAUGGUCCAACAUAAAGAACUGGAAGACAAAAUAUUGUCACUAACAAAAGAAAUGGUAGAGAAAGAAUAUAUGCUGAUACAAUAUUUGAAAGAAAAGGAAGAUACCAAAAGAGAAUUAGCAUCAUUAAAGGAAUUGUCAGAGAAGAGGCUACAAGAAAUAAAACAAUUGAAGCUGAAUUUUGAAGGUGAUAGUGAAGCAACAGAUGAUUCAUUUGAUUCAAGCUCAACAGAAGAUGAAAUUGGAGAAGUGGAAUGGAGUAAUAAUGGUGUACAUCUUGUUAAUCCAUCAAUAGAUCAAUGCAUGGAGGUAUUAAGUAAACUGGAUUAUGAACAUGAAAUAAUGGCACUCAGUGACUCAUCAUCUAACAGUAUACAGUUUCUACUACCAACUAUAUUUGAGAGAAGAACAAUAAAAACACUUAGUAUAUUCUCUUCAUCAUUUACACGUGACAGUAUCCUUUUAUUUUCUCCUGAAAUAUCAAGUAACAAAUCAAUAACAACUCUACAAGUAUCUGAUGAUUCUAUUAGUGAUAAUGGAGUCAUUGCACUAGCACAAUCACUGCAGCGUAACAAAACUCUUCAGUGCUUAUAUCUUCGUAUUAAUCCUGAUAUCACUUCAAACAGUGCUCAAUCACUUGCUAACCUUUUGCUUGCUAACAAGACACUGAGCCACCUUUACUUGUAUGAUACUAACAUUGAUACUGAUGGAGUAAUGACACUGACAAAAUCACUCAUGGAAAAUAAUACUUUAAAGGAACUAGGGCUGGAUGAUCAACAUAAAGAAGCUUGUUUUAGUUUACCAUAUUACAAACAGUUAAAAAAUAGAAUUGUGUUUUUGUAA